AUGCAAAAGCAAACAAUUUGUUGCGAGGGCUGGCAGUACGGGAGUGAGACUGACACUUGUUCUCCUCAGUGCAACACGGGGUGUAGAGGAGGUAAAUGCAUCAAGCCAGACCAAUGCUAUUGUGAACCUCCAGCCAUACUAGAUCCAGUACAAAAGAACGCAUGCAUAACCCCAACUUGUGACCCACCAUGCCAAAAUGGAGAGUGCAUAUCUAAUAAUAUUUGUUCUUGCAACGAGGGCUACGAAAAUGUAAACGGUACUUGUCAACCUAAAUGCGAUUCGUGUAUCAAUGGAGAGUGUAAAGUGCCAUUUAAAUGUGAGUGUUUUGAAGGUUUUACUAAAAACAACGGUAAAUGUGAACCAGUGUGCUUAGGCUGUGACUUUGGUAGUUGUACUGCACCCAAUAAUUGUAUAUGCAUUGAUGGUUAUAAAAGGAAUAAUAGUGUUUGUUGCCCGGAAAACUGUACGAUGUGUGAUGAACGUGGAAUCUGUCUCGAUGGACAUUGCGGG